CAACGGUGCGGGCGAACUGAUAAUCACGCUUCUGUGGACGCGUGUGCCGUCGCAUCACUUGAGUGCCAUCGAUUUCAUCAUUUUCACGAGAUAAAAACGAUUUUUAAUAAACUCUUCACAAUGACGAAUUGAGAAGACGUCUUCCUGACGCGGGCGGUUGCAGCUUUGCCACGGUGUUGAUACAAAUAUCACCGGAGAGAAACACCAAAUCGAAAUGGAAGUAAAUUUGAACCAUAUUAUCCAAUCGAGUGUACAUGAGAUCGGCGAGAACUUCUCUUCCACUAUCGCAAUCGAUGUAAACUCAACAGCGAUAGCGGAGAUCAACUUACCUGGACCCGCGACUCGAAGACAUGUUACAGUUGUCUCACAAAUCGUUCUCACGAUUGUUUAUCUGACGGGUGUGAUGGGGAGCGUGUCCGCUCUGGUCAUUCUCUUUGUCCGGGACAAGAGAAGAAAUCGUAAACAUCUGCUGAUGCUGCGUUGUCUCGCAACGAAUGAUCUGGUGGCGUUAUUAGGAAUGUUAGUACAGAUGUAUCUUACAAUGUACGUUGACGACGCAGCGACCACGAGAUUUUUCUGCUCCCUAAGAGUCGCCUGGAGAUUCUUCGGCCUCUACAGCGGAUGCGUAGGAAUCGUAAUGGCGGUCGAAAGAUGGCUCGCACUUACAAGGCCUUUUGUAUACCAGAAGCAGGUGACGUAUCCUGUCAUCGCGCGAUGCAUGUUUCUACUUGGGACAAUCGCCGCUGUACUCAGUUUUUUACCAUUGGCUGGUUUUGGCACAUAUUACAAAAAAAAACGCUGCUCCCGUUAUAGAGAUGCCACCGAUCCCGAAGACAUCGCAUACGCUUACGUAUUCUGCUUUUUUGGGACGCUGUUGUGCCUUUCCAUCGUCUGGUGCAACCUGGCGGUCUCCAGAGCUCUUGGGAGAUUAAGUAGACGAUCGGGAGUGAUCAGAAGGAUUUCCAAGGCAUCUUCGAGAGCUAAACCACUUCUUAGCUUGACUACAGGUCCUCCGCCCCAAGUUGUUGCUACUGCCGAAGAAAGGGCAUUCGCUCGUCUGAUGGCUGGCCUAUCGAUAUCGUUCGUUGUUUGUUGGAUGCCCCAAAUGAUAUCAAUUCCCUUGGCUCAGUACUCUUUGACCCUCGAAAAAGGGAUGACGUUCAGUCGGAGGUCGAUUGCAAUAUUCAGUCAGAUCGCCGAAAUUCUCCUGUGCGUUCACUUCACCCUGGAUCCGUAUAUUUACGUGUUGAUGCGAACCCGACCGAGAUUUACUCUUUUCAAACCACUUUGUCGGGUAUGUCGAUCCGAGAGAAGUCGCUCCAGUUCAUUCACCGGAACUACGGAUCAACAGGUUAGUACCGGUGACCCGCCUACCCCCAUAACCGAAGCUCCGUCAACUCCGGUAAGCGAAGAAAUGGAACCACAAUUAACAGCGGCUGCUGUCUGAAGGGUUCAACACGCUUGUCAGAAAAGAUACGAAGAAGCCAACUUUCGAUCAUCCGGCGUGAAGAAAGCCUUUAAAGUAGAUGGCAUACAAGGGCGAUGCGCUCUUUCAAUUUUACAAUUACCAUAAGUAUAACCGAAACAAUCUCUGUGAUCUAGCGAUCAUGUAACAUAUGUAGUACGUACGUACGUACAUGGUAGUAUCAUAGUAUGUAAUCAACCCGAACUCAAAAUUAGAGGUAUCAGAAGGUUUUAACAUAAGUGGAUUACUGGGCUGCAUAUUUUAGAUAGAACAAGCUCCUAAGAGUAAUUCAUAAAGUCUUGAAUAAAAAGUGAAUGCAAUAAAAAAAAAAA